CAGAUGUAAAGUAAAACCCGUCAGUGUGCUCUGUGUGUGAUGAUGGGAGUCAUCCCGUUGAGGGAAGUCCGUCCUGAAUAAUGGCAUCAAACAGUCAAAGUGAGGCAGAGGAGGAAGGCCUCCUUCUCCAGCACACACAGAGCGUGAUGUCAGCGCUAACAGUCCUGUUGUAAUUGACUUGGUGGGGGUGAUGGCGUCAUUUCAUGCCCUGCUGUAGCCUCCUGCUCCAAUAGCGAAGGGGAGACGGAUCUUUGGCCGACGCGACCGUGGCUCCCUUGGCCGGGAUCGAGCACCGCCGAGCCGGACACUUGACGCCGGGAAACAUGGAGGCUGCGGCCGAGCAGCUGCGGGCCGGCUCUCGGUUACCUGUCACUAUCGAUCAAAUAGUUAACGAUACACUGGUGGUGACGCUGACCUACCGGGAGAGGAGCUACACGGGGAUAUUACUCGACAGCGACAAAAAGACCGGGCUUUUCUGUCUGCCAGAAUUCACAGCCAAACCAGAGGACUGCCUGAAAUCUAAACCAGCUUGUGAAAUCCCAGAAGUCCUGGGUGAGGAGCCGAUUUCCAAAUCUCCGAGCCAGGCGUCACACACACCAAAGGAUGAAAACACGCUCCCUGAAAGCGGCGUACCUGCUGCUCCUCCUCCUCCCUGCCCCGUUCCUACACCAGUGCCAGCUGGACAGACUCCUUACCCUCCUUAUUUUGAAGGAGCCCCCUUCCCUCAGCCCUUAUGGGUGCGCCACAGCUACAGCCAAUGGGUACCUCAGCCGCCGCCCCGACCAAUCAAGAGAAAGAAGAGGCGAUCGCGAGAGCCCGGCCGCAUGACCAUGAGCACGAUCCGUCUGCGGCCGCGACAGGUUCUGUGUGAAAAGUGCAAAAACACUCUGAACAGUGACGAGGACAGCAAAGACGGCCUGAGCAACAACUCAAAGACUUCUAGAAAAGAGAAUUCACUACACAGCGAUGACGACGGGGAAGAUAAAGAAACCCCCGCAAAGCUUUCGAGAAAAGAAGACGGCGUUGCAGCGAGAGACACCAAAAGACGUGAAAACGGCGCCAACCUGGACAACAAACGGCUCAGGAAGGACAAACGGGGGGAGUCUGAGGGGGAGAAGUUCCCCGGAGGUGACAUUAUCCCCCACAGUCCGGUCAUAAAGAUCUCCUACAGCACUCCGCAGGGUAAGGGGGAGGUGAUGAAGAUCCCCGCUAGAGUCCACGGCUCAGUCAAACCCUUUUGCCCCAAACAGCUGGUGCAGAACGGCGUGGGAGAGAACGGCAAAACGCCGUCUGAUCCCACUAAGGAGCAACGGCACAUUCUAGACGCAACAAGGUCUGGCCUCACCGUGUCCAUUCCUAAACUUAAACUCACCCGGCCUUUCACCACCGUGGGUCAGGACUUACCUUCUCCAAAGAUUCGCUUGACUCCCCCGUCGAGGGAGGGGGAGGAGAGUGCGGUGGAGUACGAGGCUGAACUCGUCGGAGGCACAAGGAGGCGGAGCCCCAGGGUGCCGGGUCCCUGCCUCCCCCACUCGGAGGACUCAGGGGAGGGUAAGAACUCUCUGGAGUUGUGGUCGGGAAGUUCAGGUGAGGAGGCGGAGCGUGGACACAGUGACCUCACACUCCUCAUCAAUUUCCGUAAGCGUAAAGCGGAUUCUUCGAGUCUGUCGGUCUGCAGCAGCGACAGCCUAGACGAGUCCAAGUCCUUCAGCUCUGACGGCACGUCCCCGGAGCUGUGUGACCUGGCCCCGGGGGAGGACCUGUCUGUGACGUCAUCUUCUGUCCCGUCGCGGGAGGACUGUAAGACGGUGCCGCCUCUCACAGUGCGGCUUCACACCCGCAGCAUGACAAAGUGUGUAACAGAGGAGGGUCACGCGGUGGCGGUGGGCGACGUCGUGUGGGGGAAGAUUCACGGCUUCCCCUGGUGGCCGGCGCGCGUCCUCAGUAUCAGCGGCACGCACAAGCAGGAGACGGCGAGCUGCGAGGCCCAGUGGCCCCAGGCCAAGGUGGCGUGGUUCGGCUCGCCGACGACCUCCCAGCUUUCUGUCGCCAAACUGUCGCCCUUCAGAGAGUUCUUCAGGUCCCGCUUCAACAGGAAGAAGAAGGGAAUGUAUCGGAGAGCCAUCCUGGAGGCCGCCAAGGCCGUGGGUCACAUGAGCCCCGAGAUCACAUCGCUGCUUUCACACAGCGACACACGCUGAGGAUCGACUGGUGGACUCUUUUUUUUUUUUUUUCUUCGUCUUCUCUGAAUCCUCAGACUCUGUCAUCCAGACCCAGGAGGGAGUACGUGAGGUUGCCACGGCUACUCUUUAUACGCCGAUUUUCUUUUUUUUUUCUUCCACAUGGCUGGUGGUGGAAGUAGCCGCCAAGGUGGAGCGUCUCUGAGACUGGAUAAGGGAGCAAAAAAAGGCCAAGCGCCACGUGGUCUAUAAAACUCUUCCUCUUUUUUUAUUUGUUAGAUUUAAUCAUAUUUCAAUAGAGCCGACACUACAAGGACCCAAAUGUAUUUAUUAUCUGUUCUGGUUUAAUAUGAACCGACUUGUCUGCUACAAUCUCACAAAACCUCCCGGUCUGCUGCUGUCUUUAUCGCGGCCCUCGCCGCCGCUGAUGUGUUCACUGCGAGGUUGUCUGGCCACAGGAAGCCGCUGGCAUCUUCCCCGACCCCACCCUCCCCCUGGACAUGAGACCCUUUUUCCGGAGGUUUUAAAAAGUCUUACCAUGAACCCUCUUAAUUAUGAAACUGUGAACGGCUCCAUCUGACUGUUCAAGCUCCUCUAGCGAUCAGUGUUUCCAUCCUCGUCACCUUCUGUCUCAUCUGUGGAUGUAUUUAUACUGAGCUCCUUUUCCUCUCCAGAAUCAUCUUGUAUCUCUUUUCAUUUAAUUUUUUACCCCUAACAUCAUGUCAGCCAACGUCCCCCUAGUUCAUCCCGAGAAUCCUUUCUUUCCAUCACUUUACUUAUUUAAUGCGUCACGUUUAAGAAAAAAAAGCACUUUAUCUGUACCUUUGGUGGCCUGCUGUAAGCUCCCCGUCUGAAACACUAUUGUGAGAUUACAGCCCUAACAGGCAGCAGGGGAGUUCACAAGUCUUUGUGGUUGACUAUCCAUGGCCUUGGAGAUACAAAAAAAAACCUUUUUAUUUUAUGUUAUUAUAGGAUUUUGGGGGGCACCAGACACGGAUGGUUGUGUACACUGUAUUCUGCAUUUGGUGUGUUUCUCUCACUCACUACAAAAAUCCACGUUUAAAGGGGAAUUCUCAUAUUUUCUAAUCACUGACCUCGAUUUAUUUGCAUACUUAAGAGUCGACUCAAAGGUUGACUUACAGGUUGAAAGUUUUGGAAUUGGUCCAGAAGAAUUUCUCAGCCUGCAGCAGUGAAACCCUAAAUGUUUUUGUCCCUAACAGGCUCUUGACCGUUUUUGGGGGGAAUACAAUUAUUUUCAAGGUUACAUAUUAUGCAAAAUACUCUUCACCAUGUUUUCUGUAACACUAAUAUGUGUCUCUAGUCCAUCUACAAAUCCCCCAAAGAUGAGAAAAGUUCAUCCUCUCAGUCGUCUGCCUGCUCCACUUUUCAGAAAAUGUGUGCUCAAACAGGCUGUUUGGAGAUUUUCCCUUCAUGACAUCACAAAGGGCAGUAACCCCUCCCCCAGGUGGGUGACACUCCCACAGCUAGGUGUUUGUUCUGCCCUCUGAGUCUGCCUUCUCGCUGUAAACAAUAGGGCAUGGAGCGAGCCCUUCCAGGGAGGGGGCGUAGUCAAACACAGCUAAUUUACAUAUUUAAAUGUACAGACACAGAAACAGCCUGUUCUGAGCAGGGCUGAAAAUACAGGAUCAGAGUGGAUUUACAACAAGACACUUCACAGAAAUGUAUUUUGGAGCUCUGAGACUUAUUUAAACUGGUUGAAGAGGAGGAUAUGUGACCUUUACACCAAAAACAGCUCUACCAAACUCCAUUGACAAAUUCUGUGAUUUUAACUUGCAGAAAACACAAAUUGUUGGCCAGUAUCUGCCUUCAUUGAUUACUUCUUUGUGAUUCACCGAUUAAAGUAAAGUUCUUUAAACAUUGAACAAAAGGACGUACCAAAUGAAUACGUUAAAGCAUCCGUCUGCAAGCAUCUUCAGUGUUCUGUCGGAUAAAAUGACUGUUUUUGUGGAUGGAGUAUGGUGGCUUUUGAAAACUGGGACAUCGAGGUUAAAAACAAUCAUCUUCCUCCCUAACAUAAAGGUCUGUCUCUGUAGGGAUCCUUUCUGUAAUAUCAUCAUACAUUUAGAAUAACAACAUGAGCCUGUCAGUGACGAGAAAAACAUCUUUUAGUGGGUUGUUUUUAUUGAUAAAGGAUUACGUAGCAGCCAUUACAGCCUCUUUCACUGCUGCAGGCUGAAGAAAUCCUCCGGAGCCAUUCCAAACCUCUUGAACGUUUUAGUCAAUGAGUUGCCCAAAACAUUUUUUUUUUAACAAGGGGGUUGUUCUUUGUUUAAAAAAUACUUGAAUUCCCAUUUAAAAUUUCCACUGGAGAAACCCGGGUGAUCAGUCGUGUCAGAGCCCCUUCUGUAUCAUCAGUCAAAGCUUUAUGAGUGACAUUUGGUAGAACAUGAAAUUGAACAACAUGCUGUAAGAAAACUGUGAAUUCAGCGGCUCAGUGUGCCGAACAGAAGCUCUCCGCUCGUCACAGGCUGCAGUUAUUGAGUCAUCGGGCUGAAGCGGACUGUAACGCCGACCUUUAGUGACCUUUGUGUUGAAAGCAGCACUGUUUGCAUAGGGGGAGGAGGGGGGGGGAGGCAGCAGUGAAGGUAGGAGACCACAUGGAGGUCUGUAUUAAAAAAAACGUACUGAAGAUUGCACACAGCCGGCCAGCCGUGUCCUCUGCCUGUCUGGGAACAUGACAUUCAGUUUGAGGCUCAAUGAGAGGAGUGUGUUUAUCGAGGGGGGAGGGGGAGGUGGUUUGGGGUGUGGGCAGGUAACACACACCUGUUCUGAUAAUCUUUGGUUUGACUGUUUGCUGUCGAGCUCGGCUAGAUUCCAGGCAGCCUUACACAUCGAGGAGUGGGAGAGUUAUAAACGUACGAAUGCCUGAGAAAGAAAUAACGUUGUCAGGAUUUCCUGUGCGCGAGCAACACGGCGCUCUACUGUUGCCCACGUUGGUCAAUGUUAUUGGCAAUUUUUUUUUUGUUUUCUUUUUUACAUGUACUGUACAUAAAAUAAAAUAUAAAGCAAUAA